AUGAACAUAAAGCACAUUUCCCUCCCGCCGAGAGAUCCAAGGUCCCAGUCCGUGGAUUCCUACUGUCGCAGCUUCCAGUUUAGCGUUGCGUCUGGAAACCUCUUGAGCUGGAGAGUCCCUGCCGAGUGUGUUCCCUACGUCCGGAGCUACACCACCGGGCCACAGUACCGACGUCCAAGCUGCAACGAGCUUGGCAUUCCAGCAAGCCCAGACUUUCUGCGCCAGGCCGGCAUUGAUGCGUGGCUGUUUGAUGUCGAUGGUACUCUCCUCUCAACCACGCCUUACUUUGCUACAAAGCAGUUCGGAGCUGGGAGCUACCACGACACUGACUUUAACUUGUGGGCCGCCAGAGGCGUCCCGGCGAUCGCUCCAGUGAGGACGCUUCUCAGAACGAACUGGACAGUGUUCCUCGUGUCCACACGCCCAUAG